GGAGAGCAGUAUACUAUUUCUGCAUUUACCAACACAUAUGGAGUAUUGGUUCUCCUGAUCCUAACUUCACAUUAGAUGGCCACUCAAAAGGCGUGAACCGUGUUGAUUACUUCACCGGUGGUGAUCGACCAUUUUUUAUUACUGGAUCUGAUGAUCAGACUGCAAAGGUUUGAGAUUACCAAACCAAGAGAUGUGUUCAAACACUUGAAGGACAUGCACACAAUGUGUCUGCUGUCUGUUUCCAUCUAGAACUACCUAUUAUAAUUACUGGCUCAGAGGAUGGCACAGUUCGCUUGUGGCACUCUACAACCUACAGGCUUGAGAACACUCUUCAUUAUGGUCUUGAGCGAGUUUGGGCUUUAGGAUACAUGAAGGGGUCAAGAAGGAUUGUGAUUGGAUAUGAUUUAGGGAAAAUUAUGAUAAAAAUUGGCCGUGAAGUUCCAGUUGCUAGCAUGGACAACAGUGAAAAAAUCCUAUGGGCAAAACAUAACGAAAUCCAAACUGUUAGUAUCAAGACUGUUGGUGCAGGCAAUGAGGUUCUUCUUCUUUGCCAUGUUAAAUGUGCAGGAUUGUCUGUCGUUAGUUUAGCUGCUACGUCGGAUCUGAUGCUGUUUUCGCCGAUAUAUAGAUUUGUUUGUUGCCUCUUGUUUCACGUUCUUCCGGUCGAUCGCUUGCUCGAUCUGUGCCUGGACAUCAUCUCCAUGUCGCGGCUUCGUGAACGGAUCUUCAGCAAUUGGGAAGGAUCGUCCUGUACUAUCUAUCAUGGUUAUUAGCUAGCAAGAGUGAUGCCACAAGUGGAUCUGCCCAGUAAAUUUGUUAAUUACUUCCUUGCAAGAAUGAGUUGAGUUUGGUUUCUAAUCCCUCAAGUCUAUUCAAGAUUGCCCAUUUUUUAGUUACAUACAAAUAUGCACCUUGAUUGCUAUGCAUAAUCACGUAGGUAAUUCCAUCUCUUUUUGUUGAUGCUUUAUCCUGCUUGGAUCAUAUAUGCUUCUGUAUAACACUGAUUGAGGUGGACAAUUAUAAAUUUACUACACGCAUAUAAGCUUUCUAUACAUAGAUAACUAGAGCAUUAUAAAGUAGUGUGUCAUGUUCUAAUUAUAAAUGAAGAGAAAGUUAAGAACUUUGUAAUUACAUAGUAAUCAUGGCUAGAUCGUAGAGGUUAGAGAUGUACAAAUGAUUGAUUAAAAAUAUAUAUUUAUAUUUGCAACAACACAAUGGAUCAUGCCAGGUAAAUAUUUUUGUAGAAUAUAAGUCAGGUUUAGAACUUUUGACCACGACAGCUGAAAAACCAAAGUAAAUCCAUCGUAUAUAUUCAGUAUAAUGUAUAUUUAGAUAUUCAUGGCGCUGCAUAAGCUUAAUUAAGUUCCCUGGGAGCACUAGCUGCUCGUGUAUACAUGUAUUUCUUGAUUCUAAUAAGAUGCAGUCAAUCUUUGAAAAUACAGUAAGCACCUGUCAUGAAAUUUAGAACUGGCGUGAUGUGUCUCUAUGUUAAUAACUAUCAUGCUUGCGUAGCUGGUUGAUUUAUUUGAUUAUAAUCAAAUUGGACCGUCAUAAUUUUAAGAUCGUGAUUAUUCAGAUGAAAAAUGAUCAAAGAAAUACAUGUACCAAAGUCACAUCUGUUUAGAUCAUGAUUAGGCAUACAAUUGCUCCUUCAAAUUAUUGUGAUAUUGUAGUGCUCUUUAGUAUUAUGUAUUGUGGUGCUGCACCUCCUUUUCUCUUCUUUCCUGGACAUAUACUCUGCACCGGAAGUUACCUAUUGCCCGCUACACCUUUCUAUGAACUUUUGUUAAUAAUCUGCCUAUAAUUAUAAGAAAAAAAUGCAUGAAUGUAUAUAGCUUUGCACCAGGACACUUUACUUUUGCUAUGACCUGUCAUUUUUGUGAGCUGCAGACGAUUUUGGCAUUGAUGUUCUCAUGCAAGUCAUCUUAUCUUUGCAAGCCUACUGAUAGAAUACACUCAAGAUAGGACACCACAUGCGUCAUCCUGAGAUAGAUAGACGCUCAUGCUUGGUUCAUCCUGUUGGCUGAGGAUGCUAAGUUUCAUCUGUUUUGUAAAAAUGAAAUUGUGUAUAGAUAUUUGUGGCUGCUAUAGCAACUCUCGAGAAUUGUUGUAGGGUAUGCAUUUUCCUUUUGUGAAAAAAUUGUCCUGUUGCAUUCAGAAUUUCGACUUGAAAUGGAGCUCAAUAUGAGUUAUGUAGGCCAAU